AUGCACUCGGCCUCACAGCCUAAGCCGGGUAGGCUCUGGAGCAAGUUCAAAUCGUCUACAAAAUCACUGUCAACUUCGUUAUCUCAGCUAUCGCUAAAACAAGAGCGAGAUGGCGAUUCCCCGAACACCACUAUGGUUCAUAAGGCUUUAGUGAAAUUUUAUUCCAGCCAGGAACCGUUUCAAGGUUUCCCUGAAUGGUUGGGACAUAAAGAAGAUUUACCUGAUGAGCAGAAGGUUCUUAGAAAGCAAAAGAAUCACGUUCAAGAAACAAAUCAUAGUAUAGUGGAGAGUCGUACAAAAAAGCAUUCGCAUAAUGAUCCGGCCGUCAUUUCUCCCGUUAAAAAAACUGCAGGUACAGAUUUUAGAAACAUUUAUAAGGGUGUCUCAAAUUCAAGCCCUUCGUCAAGUUUGCCCAAGUCUUCGGGGGAGUUUGCUUCCGCAGCUUCACCAGGAGAAACACCUCGGACUUCUUACAUGUUAAUGCGUGAACGACUCAAGAAGAGCAGUCAGAAGAUGAACUUUAUGUAA